AUGCAAUAUACAAACACUACAUUUGAACCAAGAUCAGAGUUAUCAUGUUUGAUUGUGAGAGGAGUGUCUGUGAAACCAUUCCCUUCCCUGAUUGGCCCUAUAAUAUAAAUGACAGUGGUGGAGCAGAGGCUCUACUACAUGCAGCCACUUUGCCCAAAUAGCAGUAAUCUGGGGAUGCAGGGGACUAGAAAAAUACAGCAGGAUCCGCAACAUAUAUUGAUCCACUAUAGAGAGAACCAGGAACCCUGACAAAUGGUAUUUCUUAGAAUUUCUAUUUCAGAAUCUCGGGGCUUUCCUCAGGCUAUUAUAUAAACUCUCAUUAGGAGAGCUUCUAUUUCAGUCUGACAUCUUUAGGAAAUUAAGCUUGUGUAAUUGCAUUGGCUGGCAACCCAUCCUUGAUAGGUUUGAAGCUGUUGGCUAAUUGUCACUAAAUCUGCCAAAUAUUUGUUUCUCCUUUAAGUUUUAUGUAGAAUUAAGCAAUAUUUUUCACAGUAUUAUUGUGUUUAUAGCAAUAUUAUUAUUUUCAGAACAUUCCUCCAAACCUUUUGCUCUAUUUUUUCUUUCUUAAAUACACUAGUAGCCUAAAAAUCAAUGUGCCUCCUGAAGUGAAAACCAUUUUAAAAGAUUUAUUAUGGAGACAGUUUUGUUGUAAUGAUAUAUGUAGUGUGAAUAACAGCACUAUUAGCACACUGAGUGGUCUAAUAACAGGAAAUUAUUGGUUGAUACCAGUGUAAUUUGGAUCAGAAAAUGGCCCUUCAUACGGAAGGUACCUAUAAUAUUUAGUUCUAUUUGACACUGAGCUGCAGGUGGUAAAAUGGACAAAAGAUACUCUCAGUGAAAAUUGCAGGAAUUACAAAUUGGAAAAAUGGGAGAAAAACAAUAGUAAAAGCUUUGGGAGGACAAAGAAAAGGACCUUUCACCUAUUCCUGCCUUUGUUUUAUGUUUUUUGUUUCCUAAAGAAAAAAAAUACCCUACCAUAUUUUCAGUUCUACAUCCAUUAAGGAAGCAGCAAGUUCUACACAUAGGAAGGAAAAAAAUAAUCCAGAGGUUUCUCAAACACUUACAGAGUAAACUACCUUAAAAGUGAUACAGCUGUGUAUCUACAUGACUUUCAGAUAUAUGCAAUGUCAUCAGCUUCUGCCUUGAUAGGUUAAUAAUGAGCAGCUGAGGUACCAAGAGCUGGGUAAUACAGCUGCUCUGUGAUAAUGUCUCCAUUUACCAGCAAACUAUCAUUAUGUUUUUAGAUCUUUGGAGCCAUUCACAGUCUUGCUGGCAUCCAGAAUUCUUCAUAGCUCUUGGACACCCAGAGCUGUCAGUGUCUGUACUCUACUGGAAAUUAAUGUAUGUCUUUCCCUUUCAGAAUUAGAUUUUGUCACAGAAAGCCUUGAACUUGUGACCUCCAUGCUCAGUUACGGUAAACUUAUGAAUUUACAGUUAAAACACCAAUAUUACAAAAUCUAUAAUAGUUUCCAGUGCAGAAAAGAACAGUAACUGAACUUGCUUGUGGUACUACAUGUCAGUGGCUCACCAGUAAAUACUGAAACAGACUCAAAGACAGACAUCAUCUCCACAGCUCUUAAUAGAAUCAGUUCUAGUCAGUUGGAUGAUGACCUCCCCCUGAUAGAAUAGUUUCUUCCUGUAACAUCAAAGUUUUGCUGGGAUUACGCCAGUAUAUGGGAGUCAGUUGUGUCUUGUAACUCAUCUCUCAAGUCUAGAAUUCACUUUGACUACUUAUAUAAAAUUAGAGGUUUUGCAUACAUACCUGAAGACGGUCUCUAAGCACCUUGAUACCACCUGGGAAGAAAAACACAUUUUUCAUGAAACUGAGCAUCACUGUGUGAAUACUUUCACUAUUUAUUUACUGCAUCCUUUAUCCUGGCUGUACAGCUUCAGUAGCAGAAUCAUUUCUUCCUUUUUCACUUAUCUCUCAGUAAGCUCCACAGGAAAAAGAGCCACUGUAUCUCCAGCUCCUGCUGAAAUACACCUCAAAUCCACUUUUUCCAGAUCAUUCUAUAUAAACAGUCAUUCAUUGUUCUUACAGUUUUUGUUAAAAAAUUAAAUAGAUUGUAUUACCACAUCAAUCACAACUAAAAGACAUUUUUGCUGUUCAACCCAUACUGAGUUGGGAUUUUUCUCUGGAUUUAACACUUCCUCACAAAAUGAAACCAAGAAAUACAUCAGUGGAGGAAUCAGAUGCUGAAGAGCCACCUCAGUAGGAAAAUAAACCACGGAGUUGAGCAGAAGGCUGUUUUUAAGCUGAACUAUGAAAGCCAGGCUUCAGACCAAACUGUAAUUCUCCUCUCUAAGCAGUGAGGUUUAGAACUCUUAAGGAAGAAAAGAAACCAUGGAAAAUCGUGAGAAUGAUAGCAUCAAUUGUAGGAAUGGCAGAUAAAAUGAUUUAAUUGACACUAACCUAAAGACAGAUUUACACGAAACGUAUAAUGGGAAAAUGAUGGAUUAACAGCUUGAGUAAACGAAGAGGCUUUCUUUUUCAUCUGACUCUAGUGAAGAUGGAGAGGUCAUUUUUCCCUUCAAUUUUGACAAGAUGCAAGAACUGUGAUGCAAAUUUGGAAUAAAAUAUACACGCUAAUGCACACUGUUUCAAGUACUUUUUAUCAGCGCUUGAAAAACAAACCAGCAGCCAAAGAUAACAGAAUUAAUACAUUUGUAUCAUUCUGCUUGAAUGCAAAUCCUGGCUUUGUAAUUGUACUCAAAUAACACAAAGAAAACACUCGGUAUGUCAGAGAUGCUUCAAGUUUGAGAGAAGAUACCUGUUUUUUUAAGAGCUGAAAGCCAGAAAGCACAUCUUUAAUAAAGUGUAGAAAAACAGCACUUCACACCAGAAAAUGCAUUGCUGUUUUCUAGAUCUAUCUAUUCUGAAUUAUAAGAGUAGCGUGUCACCUGUCAGAACGUCCUCAACAAAUGAUACAAAACAUCAAGGUAAGUUUCUUGCUUCACAUUAAUGUGCAUUAGCAUUUAACAGUUAUAUAAAAUAAACUUCAUUCAAGCAGUUUUAGAUCUGGAAUUCAGUGGCGAACAGAUAAUUGCAGUGUUAUGGCUUCUGACAAAGAAGUUGGAAAACAGAGCUACAAGACACAGCUUCUGCCAUUAGCCAGGAAUAUGAACAUUAUGCUACUUAAGUAUAAAUGCUAUUUGCUUCUAAACUAAUAGAAAGUAGGAUAUUGUAUUACCUGCUAGCAGCCUUUACUCUAUAUCCAAGUUCACACACACACAAUAGAAGUUUGAAAAUAUUAAGCAGCUUCAGAAAGAGGAGCCAGAUGGAAGUAUAACAUUCUGUACAACAUCUCUUAUGUUCUUUGUACUGAGAGAAGAGCUGAGGGGACUUACACUGGUAAAAUAUGACUUGGCAGGGUAUAUUCCCUGACACUGGGAAAUGACAUUAGGAUCUUUGUCUGUGUAAUUUGGUUUUUCACAUACCUACACUGGCUGAUAAGAUAAACAACUGAAUCUUUACAGGCUGGAAUUCUGUAGUUAAGAUGCUGGGGUGUGCCUAGCCACUGGGGAGAGCUGCAUUUCUACCCUUCACACAAGACCUUCAGAACAACGGGGGAAAAUAAAAAGACAUGAUAACUCAGAUACAAAACGUUGCUGUAUUGCAUCCUAGGCAACGAACAAACAGAUUUCUGACCUACCCCAAAUGCAGCAAAGAAUUACAAAGCAGCACUAAAGUAAAACGACUUGAGUGUCUUUAGCUCUAUUUGCUGUGACGCUGGGGCAAAGGGGCUUGUAAAUCAAAGGACUUCAUGGGGCUGUGAGAGCCCGAGGAAACAAGCAGAGGGAUGAGGGGGGAGAGAAAGAGUUUGUGUGUGCGUGUGUGUGUAGUCCUUAGCUUUCCCAAAUGCAAUGCCCAAACACUGCAAAUCUUGCACAUAGCCGUUUUUAUUUAGCUCUGCUUCCGUAGCUGAUUCAGUGAAAAGCAAGCUGCAUUCAGCCGUGUCUGCUUGGUCUCCACUGAUAAGCACACUGCAACGCAUGCCAGACUGCUGAGGACAGAGCUCCUCUCGCUGCCAGCUUGCCCAAGGCCACCCUAAUUAUGGCUAAUUGCCUGGACAGUUAUCUCUCUGCAGCCUGCGUCGUGCUUCCAAAAGCCUCUAAUUGAAUUGCUAUAAUUUUUGCCCUUUCCUAAUGCGGUGGGUUGGUGAGGUAAAAUGACCCACGGGAGGCGGAGUGUGGGGGGGCUCCACAGCCCAUAAAGAGCGGAGGGGACGAAGGGCGGCCGUGCAGAGCCGUGCCCGCGCACCGGGGCCAUGCAGUGAGCGCCCGCCUGGAGCAGCCACUGGGACCGCAGCUGCGGGACAUCCCAGCACCCGUGGGACAUUCCGGCAUCAGCCGUGGGACAGCCAUCUCGUCACCUGCCAGCUCCCUGUGAGACACCGUUGUGCCCCAGCUCAAGAUGCAGAGGUGUGCGGGUUUCCUGUUUCUGUCUUUAAUCCUUUGUGCCGCCCUGUCAGAAACGUUCGGACUGGUUCUGUCUGCAAAAGAAAAAAGGGGCUGGACUUUGAACAGUGCCGGUUACCUGCUUGGGCCACGUCGUAUUGAUCACCUUUUAAUGAUAAAGGAAAUGCCCAUUGCAAGGGGAGAAGAGGCACCAGGGGCAUAUGCAGUAGAUAACCACAGAUCUUUUAACGACAAACAUGGUUUCACCGGUAAACGUGAAAUACAGCCUGAGGAGGAUAUAAAAGCAGGAAAUAUUGGAAGACCGCUGGCUGAUGAGAACAUUGUGCGCACAGUCGUCGAGUUUUUGACUUACUUGCAUCUUAAAGAGGCGGGAGCACUUGACAAUUUACCUUCACCAGAGGAAACAAACGAGUCCUGAAGAAGAACGCAUUUUUAUUUUGUCGUAGUGUAAAUCUGAAUCAAUUCUAUACAAAAGAUCCAGAGGAACAAAAGAUAAGAUGUAUUGUUUUCAUCAAUCUGGGAAAUGGUAAAUGAUGUUCUGCCUCUUUGGUUUUGUUUUUCUCUCCUGUAAUGUUAUGGUGUCAAAUGUUGGCUUUGUAAAUUUUUUCUGUAGGUAAAUGAUGAAAUAAAAAUAAACAGCAACUAUU